AUGGCUAUCUCUGCUUUGCCACUUCGCCCAAAGGCCAGUGACACUUCAGACGACGAAGAGAAGCCCAUCAAAGAGCUACCCGGGGGAUCAUACUUCCAGGAAGUGCAAAGCGUUGGUCAUUUGCCCUCUGUGGAUCCUGUUCUGUGGAUUGUACCAAAAGCUAAAGGGCGGAUUUCCGCGAUUCUGCAUGAAAGUCAGUUUCGGGAUAGCAGGUUUCCAGUAACAUUCGACAAGAGUUCGACCGGCCUCCAUGCUUGUUACAAAGACCGAACACGACAAUUUGUGCAAUUGCAGUCGGAACUCCUCAAGAACACCGUCUCCAUCGAUGAACUCAAGCGACAGUGGAAAGAGGCUGAACAAUGUUGGUCACCUUGUGUUGGGAAGAAGGAAGAGAUGGAGGGGUACUAUCUUCAAAGCCGCUCUGGGGUUACACCUUUCACCUCUCCGAAUCGCCAGUCCCAACGUGAACAAUGGGAAUUGGAGGACGCCUUCCGGAUGCCAUCUCCCGGUUCUCCAUCUCCCGGGCCUUCAUCCCCCGUUCAGCAUUCCAUGCAGCUUCGACGACAAACGGGCCCUCUAGUUGAUGAUGACGACUCGGACGACAGCGACGACAGCGACGGCAGUGGAAACAGCACCUUUCAGUCGGGCUAUCAUACGAAACAUGACACAAGCCAAUAG